AUCGUUUAAAAGUUGUUCCUCAGCAACAUAGAUCGGUUAUUGGUGUGAUCAUGCUGCUUCGACUAACAAUUCUUGCUGUGAGCGUAUUUGUCGCUGGAAGUCACGCGGCCAAACUUGACAAUGUCUUCGAAUGGAACGAAUUGAGCUUCAGCUGGCCGGAUGAGAAGACCAAAGAAGAAGCGAUCCAAAAGGGCAGAUACGUACCUGAGAACAAUCUACCCCUUGGAUUGGAUAGAUGGAAUGAUAAGUUGUUUGUAACAGUACCAAGAUGGAAAAAUGGUGUAGCAUCAACACUGAACUACAUCGACCUAAAGACCAGCAACAAGACCCCAUCUUUGAUCCCAUAUCCAGACUGGGUCUCAAACACUCUUCCAGAAAGAGAAAAAGGACCAGAGGAAAGCACCAUAAUAUCAACAUUCCGCGUGAACGUUGAUGCUUGUGAUCGUCUCUGGGUAAUGGACACUGGCUUGGCUGAUAUUUGGGGAGAAGCAAAACAGCAUUCCACUCCAUCUAUUCUUAUUUAUGACUUAAAGACAGAUAAGCUCCUAAAACGCUAUGUACUACAGUCGACAGACUUGAAGGAAGAUUCAUUUUUUGCUAAUAUCGUAGUAGAUGUAGAUCCUACCAAAUGCGAGGAAGCCUUUGCUUACAUCCCUGAUUUGGGAGGUUAUGGUGUUGUGGUAUAUUCUCUUGCAGACAAUGAUUCAUGGAGGAUCAAGCAUAAUUUCUUCCAUUUCGAUCCAUUGAAUGGAGAUUUCAACGUAGGUGGUAUCAACUUCCAGUGGACAGAUGGAGUUUUUGGACUUGCUCUGGGAAAAGUACAACCAAAUGGAUAUCGUACAAUGUAUUUCCAUCCUUUGGCUGGAAUAAGAGAGUUCUCAGUAUCUACAGAAGUACUCAGGAAUAAAACAAUGGCAACUGGUAACAACGCUUACUACGCUUUCAAGCUCGAAGGAAAUCGAGGAGAGAAAACACAAUCUUCAGCUUCUGAUUUAGACGAAAAAACCAAUGUCUUGUUCCUCACUCAAUUGAACAAAGAUGGAGUAGCUUGUUGGAAUGUGGACAAACCAUUGAACCCUGAAAACUUGGGUACAGUAGCACAAGACAGUGAAGGAUUGAUCUUCACUAAUGACUUGAAGAUUGAUGCUGAAAGAAACUUGUGGAUCUUAUCGGACAAGAUGCCAACUUUCCUCUAUAAAGGAUUGCAACCAAAUGAAACCAACUACAGAAUUUUCAAAGUGAAGAUAGAUGAGGCUAUUUCCGGAACACCCUGUACAGCCUAGUUCGCUGAAAAUAUUCGAAAUACCAGUACUUUUGAAAAUCUUCUCAUGAAUUGUGAUAUAGUAUCGAAAUCAUCAUUUUAGAAAGUAGUAUAAAUUAAAAGUUAGGAAGUGUAGCAAUCAUAUAAUUUAAAUUAAAACAAAAAUACUAAAAAAUAAA